AUACUUUCUAGUCUGGACAGAUCAACGGGGAUGCCCUGCAGAGGAGCUUUCUUGAGUUUGCAUACGCCUCCUUUGAGAAAGACCAGCUCUGCUGUGAUACCCCUUACACCUGCCCUGCCUGCACACCUGAAAUGGUAGCAGUGUCAGCAGAUGGCAACAGGAAGCUUUAUCGCUUUGGCCAUACUGGAAGAUCUAAUGACACUCCCUUUUUUGAUGGGCUAUUUCUAGCCAAAGACAGUGAGGUGUCUGAUUUUGUCAACACAAUACAGAUGGCGGUGAAGAAUAUAAAGGGGAGAGGCACAUGUGGAGACUCUCAAUGGGCAGCAGCAAGGGAGACCUCUAGGUGGAUGAGGAAGGCGUUGAGGUUGCGGUGUGUCGGCAUGGCAUCCUUUUAAAAGCCCUUAACAUGUACCGAGGAGAGAUAUUUGCGUAUCCUAUGCAUCUCCAAAAGGAGCUUCUCCCAAGCAAGGCUCAGUUUUUUGCUAUGGAUGUGGCAUGCAAAUACUGGCCAUACCUACAAAAAGUUACUUCAGUCAUUCCAGCUCUCAAGAGCCUCACAGAAAUGAAGCCCUUCCUGAGCAUCAUGCAUGCAAGAGCUCAUGCUACCAAGUGUGAGAUAAAAUGGAGUGGUCGGAACCAGAAGGGAGCAGGCACAACUGCCGGUGAGGAGGUGAAGCAAAUAAACGGCUACCUCUCCCGUUGUGCCCUGACAACAAAGUACAUGUCAAAAGCAGCACGUGUGGACAUGCUCACUGUGCAUGCAAUGGGUUGGAACCAUCACAAAGCAGAGACGCUACACAAGGCCCUCUCCACAAGAUAUGUGAAGACAUCUAAAAGGGCAGAAGAAGAGGCAGAGAGGCUGUCACAACUGCAGAAGGACCUGCAGUGCUCAAAUGCAAUGGCUGUACAGUGGAUUGCUGAAGUCAAGGAAUGGGCAGAGAGCGAGACCCCAGUAACGGGUCUGCACGUUCUCCAGCAGUCCAUUGAGGGUCUCCAUCUGGGUCUAAAGCAGCAGAAACAAACCCUCUACCGUCAGAAUGACAGCAACAAGCUUCGCCAUCGUCUCCGAAGAAAGUUGACGGCAGACAAAAAGCGCCUUCUCCAGGAGAUUGAGAAAUACAACAGUCUUGUUGCAGACCUCUCCAAAAGGAUUGAUGUGGCCUUGGUUGACCACUCUUUGGCUGGACAGAGCACUGGCGCAAUAUGGCCAUGGGAGGACUAUGGCAGUGGUAUGCAUUUUUCAAUGCUUUUAAAAUGUCAUGCAGUAUAUCGGAAUAGUGAACUAUCCUGAAAUGAUAUAUUAAAUAUAAUGGUGGGUUUGUAAUAUAUAAAA